UUCGAGCGGCAAUAAUUUACCAGACAUUCUAUCCAAUCGUCAACUUGUCACUAACAGAAAGGCAAAUUUAAAAUGAACUUUAUACUUUUAGUUUAACAUGGAUACAAGUUGACACUAACAUUAAACACAGACAAUUCUCAGGUGACUGAAACAUGCCAUCCAAAUGUGGUUAAGCAGAUAUUAGCGACUCAGUUCUCUUCGAUAAGUUUAAAGUCUGAAUACAUGUCCAACCAGUUAACAUUGGAUCGCUUUGAACGUUUAUAUAUUGAUGAAGCGAUUAUUGCUUUUCAGGGUAAAACAAAUUUUCAUUUAACGUUAAGCUUAUCUGGCAGAAGCAAUUCAAAACUAAAAGCAAAUCCAAAUGCACUUGCUUCGAUGUGCAAUGGAAUCAGAGGUUUCAGGAAACUUGAAAGAUGUGACAAAAUAACUCUUUUAUCAAACACAUUUUAUGAUCUCUUCCUCAUGAAAGGAAUAGUCAACUACGAUCCAGCAAUUGAUGGUUGGGAAUUUCCAGAAUCUGGAUUGACUUUUGAUCGAAGAGAUGUAUUUCUUUUUGACCGAUUCUUGAAUGAUGGUCUAACGCAUAUUAUCGAAACCUUUCCAGAUCGAUUUAGAAAUGACCCCAAAGCUGUACUGCUUAUUUACCUUUUAAUAAUUUUUAACCCUUGUCUACCUUAUCUGAAGCAUCCCGAGAUUGUUAGAUAUGAACAACUCACUUAUGUAUAUUUGCUUGGACGUUACUUGAAGACAGUUUGUGAUUCCGACUGUGAAGCUUCAGACAACCAUUACAGGUUGAUGGCUAAAAUUGAUGAGUGAUUGAAUAAAAUGUCUAAUGAUCAAUUGUUCUGAGUAGUCGGUAAAUUUACGCAUUCUAUUUAUAAUCAAUGAACCAUUGACAUUUGUAGACUGUUAAGAAAAUAAAAGACAAUAAAACUGAUUGAUUUAUAAA